AUGGACCACAUGUCUCCCAGGCUGAGAGCCUUCCUCUCUGAACCCAUGGGGGAAAAGGAUGUGGCCUGGGUGGAUGGAAUCAGCCGUGAGCUUGCCAUCAAUUUGGUCACCAAAGGUUUUAACAAGGCCUACAUCCUGCUGGGACAGUUCCUCCUGAUGCACAAGAACGAGGCGGAGUUCCAGAGGUGGAUCAUCUGCUGCUGUGGCGCUACGGAGCAUGAGGCCCGCCAGAGCACCGCCUGCCUGAAGGAGUGGUGCACCUGCUUCCUGUAGCCGCCCCCGGCC